UCGUAUACCAUUUUUACUUAUUGGUCACAGUGAGGGAAUAUGCCAGCCAUUUUUCCUUCUCUCGCAGUAGGGCUUUUGUUUGGAAACGCGAAGUUUUUCUGAGCGGAAAUUCUUUUUACUGUUACUACCUAAACGAGUGCUCGUUUCAAGCUUUGUAACUCAACACUUAUGGAUUCCUCUAAGUAAAAGUAGAUUUGACUGCUGCUGUAUAUUCGUCGAAUUGUUUAACUGCCAUUUUAUCCGAAAUGGCUUGUCUCAACAACCUUAAACUGGAGAUUCGAACCCUAGAAUCAGUCUUUACAAAGACCCACGAACGAUUUCAAGUCGUUUCAGCUAGUGUUGACGAAUUAACUUGUAGGUUUAUUGGGAAAUAUGGGAAGCAAUCUGAUAUCCAUGCUAACAUCACAGAAACUUACCCGUCAACACCUCCAGUCUGGUUUGCUGAUGUGGAAGACCCAUUAAUAACCAAUGCUGUUCAGAUACUUAGCAACACAUCUGGUAGUGAUAAUCAUAUUCUAGAACAAGUCAGAAUACUAGUUCAGGAAUUGUGUAGGCUCCACGACCUUCCAGAGCCUCCUGAUCUUGAAAUGCUGACCUUGGCUCAUGCAGUUCCAUUCUUUCAUAACAACACACCAUCUCCUUCUACAAUGCGAGCAUUAUCAUCAUCAUCUAGCAAUGAUGGUGGAGGUUAUGCUUCAAGCUCAGGAAGGGGAUCCUCAGGUUCUGGGUCAGCAUGCUCCUCAUCUCCUGCUAGAGAAGAAGAAGUUGACGGUGUUCAGCAAAAUGCCGAUGAUGAUGAUGACGAUGAGGAUGAAAUGGAGGAGAACGAUGAAGAUGAAGAUUUGCAUAUGGAGUUGGAAGAAGAUGAAGGAACCAGUAAUGCUGCCGGUAAAAAGAAAGAGGAAGAGAUGGAUUCCCAGCAUUUUGCCACUUUGGAACGAUUACGCCAGACUCAGAGGCAGGACUAUCUUCGAGGCGCCGUUUCAGGUUCAGUUCAGGCCACUGACCGUCUAAUGAAAGAAUUGAGGGAUAUUUAUCGUUCCGAUAGUUCCAAGAAAGGAGUAUACAGUGUCGAAUUAGUUAAUGACAGUUUGUAUGAAUGGAAUGUGAGAUUGCUUUCUGUGGAUCCAGAUUCACCCCUUCAUGGUGACUUGCAAUUGCUGAAAGACAAAGAUGGAAGAGAUCACAUCCUACUUAAUCUAGUUUUCAAGGAAUCAUUUCCCUUCGAACCGCCUUUUGUCCGUGUGGUACAUCCUGUAAUUCAAGGAGGAUACGUUUUGGUGGGUGGCGCCAUCUGCAUGGAGUUGUUGACCCGCCAGGGAUGGAGCUCGGCCUACACCAUGGAAGCCUUGAUUUUGCAAAUUGCUGCUACACUUGUGAAAGGCAAAGCUCGCAUCCAGUUUAGCGCCACAAAAGGCCAGUACAGUCUCGCUCGCGCUCAGCAGUCCUUUAAAUCGCUGGUCCAAAUCCACGAGAAGAACGGAUGGUUUACACCACCGAAAGAAGAUGGAUAAUUGAGCGGAUUCUUAUGAUCUAUUCUAUUCAUCUCCCCCAAUGACUCCCGUUUUCUUUCAUUUGCGACAAAAGUUUUUCAUUGGGGAGUCUAAAAGGGAGGUGACUCUUUGUACAGCGUCGAAAUUUUGAUGAAUGGAUCACCAGCAUUUCCCCUUUUUCACCCAACUGUGUGUGUGAUUGCGUGAGAGAAUGUGUGUGUGUGUGUGUGCGAGCGAGAGAAGACGCCGUUCCUUCCAUAUAUAGAUUAGGAAUUUCAAACUAUUUACUCGGCGGAAAUUUUGUAAAAAAAAACAAAACAAAAAAAAGGGAAUCCAAAACACUUGAACCGAUAAAAUCGAUUACGGGUUGGAGUUUAAAGGUAACGAGCUUUUUGUUUUCGUCCUUCCCUUCCCGUUUUUUUUCUUCAUUUGGGUAAAUAUAGUUUCUAAUGUGAAUCAUUUCCAUUUUGUCCACCCUUAAUUUGCUUGCUCUACCAUUUCCGACCAUGGCCUUGAUCUGGUUAGUUGGAGGAUUCGCUUAUUUCUUUGUUGAAUCUGUAUUACGCGAACCUGUGACGAAAACUUAGAUAAAUUCGGCCAAUUCCUCAGCCGUUGGGCGAGGUGCGGACUUUGGGUGGGCAAAAAAUUGGUUUGAAAAGCCUUAACUUCGAGCGUUGGCUAACUAGAUGUGCGUCGAUCAGUGAUGGGAACAACUGGCAUAUUUCCUGUUUUUUUUUUUCUCUUUGUAUUGACAUUCAGUAAUCCAUUUCCCAACUAUUCGGCGACGGGUUGACUGCGUUAUUCAGUUUAGUUUAGUUUGCCGAUUUUCUGUUUUUUUCUUUCACUCUACUUUUCAGCUGAUUUAUUUCAGGCAUAUCUCUUACCUUUUAAAUUUAAUUUCUCGUAAUAGCUGAGCGUGCCGUUUCUGAUCGAUAUUUUCUUUUGUCUUCACGUGUGUGUUUGUGCUUUUUCAUCGAUGAAAAAUAUUCGGAAUAAACGCAGCACUUGGAAACGGA